UCGCGCGCCACUGUCAGUGGCUGAGCCGGUUUUCCCGCAAGCACACACGAGUGCUCUCGCGUUCGCUGCUGCUGCUGCAACCUGCCUGCUCUGUCCGGUCCGACCGCAAGUGUCCGAACAGCUGAUCCUCAUUCCUUCGCUAGGAGUCCUGCUCUUCAGGUGCCCACCGCGCCGAUCUUCGAUUGUCAAACCCAAAGAGCUGCUGCUGCUGCAAUGGGCCCAUCUGCGGUCGCACUUUUGAUCGUCCUACCUGCGCUGCUGCUGGCCUCCGCCGCUCCUGUACAAGGCAACUGUAGCUUCCAGGAGAGGUGGACCGGCAAAUGGUUCCAUUCGGGCAUGGUGAACCUGCUGCACGUCAACUCGUCCUUCAUCGAGAACAAGGGCGUGUGCGUCGAGAACGAGGGCGACAAGUACAUCCUCGAGGACAAGUCCGAGGGCUGCUUCCGAUGCGUCGUCAUCCACGAGAAGCAUCCCAACGUGCUCCAGUACAAAGAGACGUAUUGCGAAACGAGACGCUCCUCAUUGGACUCGAUGUGCAACCAGAUUCCUGGCGACGCCUCCCUGCUGUCCAUGUACAGGUCGGACGCGACGCCUGAGCCCUGUCCCUUCAAAGGACCCUUCUCGUUCACCUACAGCCGCGGCUCGGGCGAGUGCGCGCGGCCCGUCUCCAGGGUUGACUCCUGCAUCACCGACUCGCGCAUCAGGCUUAGGUACCAGGCGUGCGCUGAUGUCGCCGGCUCUGAGAGUUCAUCUGAGGAGCUGCAAUGCCUGGCGACCUGGAAGGACGGCAACACCCGCUAUCUAGUGGGCAAGCUGUCUCACAAGAUGGCCACCACUGACGAGGACCGCUACCGGUGUUUCGUGUACGAGCGAAACGCCCACGAGCACCCUGUCACCUUUAGAGUGGCCCAGUCAGGCGACGCCACGUGCAACGGCCUACUUUCAGCCACGGAAGGUUCAAGGACAAUGAAACUUACGAAAGAGGUGCACUCGACGCACUGCCGAUACCCGACGUGGGUGACUGACCACCAUCACUGGCACACGCUGGACUACAAGCAGUCGUUCCAGUUCUCGCACAAGAACGCAACGCUGCGCAUCUCGAACGACUCGGACAGCGAGAACGCCGGCAAGGAAAUGCGCGUCGUGUGCCACUCGAUCAACGAGUCAGGCGAGAAGCAGGUCACCCUGACGGCGCACGUCACCGUCGGAUGCGAAUCUGGCUACGUGUGCAUGGUAUUCCACCGGCGCGACGGCCACGUGAUCGAGCUGCAGCAGACGAGCAACUUCGCCCCUGCGGCUGACGAGGCGUGUCACCCAAACAACUUCAACGCCGCCGCACUGCCCUUCGCCACGCUGAUAACUGCGACGCCCAAGCCGCGCACUUGUCCCAGCAUCGGCCGCUACAACGUGCUCGGCGUCAACAGGGACGACGGCAAGGCGGCCAGCAGGAGGACAGGCGCCGCCUCCGGCGCCGCCAGGGAGGCUACCUGCGCCGACGACAUUGAGUCCAUGUUCGUGGGGUGCUCUAAGUCUGAAAACCUUGAGUUCCACUCGGCCUGUACCAGUGAUAGUGUCUCUUCCUUUGCCUGCCACGGCAGCUGGGAGGACAACGGCACCAACUACCUGAUCGCAUCGCCCCUGAGCCGGCGCAGCACUGGUCCUCCACGCUUUUGCUUCAUCUACACGGAGAACGAAAAGGGCCAUCUACAGUUCUCCAGUGUCACCGACACCUGCACUAGAAACAUUAACCCUGGCGUCAGUGGUGCUUGGGUCUUCAACGUCACUAAUAUAGGUCACUGUGCCGAGAGCACGGCCAUGCAGAGUUCUUCUGCCAAACUAGCCUGUCAGAGCUGGUUGCUGGUUGUGAGCAGCUUUCUCGCCGCCUUGGCCGCCUCGAGAUGAUUCCGCUGCUGAAGUCUAAUCAGAGACCUAUAAGUUCUGAGAGCAAGAGUGAUGAAUAUUUUUACCGUUGUUGUUGGCUGUUGACUAGGAAGGGAACAAUCGAAGCAAAAAGAGUAUUUAAGCGAAGACGAAGUUGAUGAGAAAAAAAUUUGAUAUUUGUGAUCCGAGUGCGACCAGUGCAAGACUGAAUUACACUGACCUGAGCCGUGCCGUGUAUAAGUGUUUCAUUUCAACUCGCUGUUUUCAUUAAUGAUUGUGAGCAAAUUUUAAAGAACGCCGCCGGAAUUGAGUAAAACAUGAUGCAAAUAGUGCCGACGUGGGAGGCAGAGAGUUUUCUUUCUGCACAAACAAAAUUCGAGAAAAAAAGUGCUACUUAAAUCAAAUUGUCAGAACAGAAAACUCAAGCGGAAAACCAAAUGUCAUCGUGAGUGAAGGAUAUUUCUUACUUUAAUCCUGUCCGUUUUGAAUCAAAACAAUUGUCUGGAUCAUUUCUGAGUGUUUUUGGCUCCAGGUGUUAUUUUUCUCUCUUUCUCUCUUUUGCUCGUGACAAUAUAACUUUAAAUUACAAAUACAUUAUGUAACACCGAUGCAAGGAAGGUAAAAAUCAACAUAAUUAAAACAAAAAAUACAUUAUAUACGUCUCUGCCGGAACACGCGCGUGUUGAAGUCGGUCCAAGCUGCAGCACGAGACUUUGACGCUGAUUCUAAAGGACGUACAAUCAUAUAUGAGAAACUGUCAUUACACACUCACGCAGCCGAGGAGUGCAACAAAAGUACGGCCGAAAAUGUAAAUAUGUCUCUCAUUGCGCGCAUGUACCAUGUGAUUUCUUUCUUUUUUGUGAGCGUAUGUCGGAAUCGAAUGACGUGAAAGGAGAAUUUAACAGCAAAAGUAUGAAGUUUGAAGAGAAUUGAGAGAGUGUUGCUUAUUGAUGAUCAUCAUAAUUAUUGGUAUUUUCUUGUUGCUUUGCAUAAUUGACUUAAUAAAUGUAAAUCACUAUAUUUACAAAA